UUUGUUACAACUUACAAGGCGACUAAAAGAAGUAUACCAAACUCGGUCUUCUUCUUCUUCUUCCUCAAUCCCGUCUGAAUAAUCAAAGCGAUUUUUCAGACACAGAUCAUCGCUCCAUGUCAACUUUUCACAGCUUCCGAAAAGCCGUCGGAGCCCUUAAAGAUUCCACAACAGUCAGCAUCGCAAAGGUCAACAGCGAAUUUAAGGAUUUGGAUGUUGCCAUCGUCAAAGCCACAAAUCACGUUGAAUCUGCUCCCAAAGAACGCCAUAUUCGCAAAAUAUUCUCUGCAACAUCUGCGGUAAGACCACGAGCAGAUGUUGCUUUCUGCAUUCACGCACUAGCCAAGAGAUUAUCUAGAACUCACAAUUGGGUUGUGGCUAUUAAGGUUUUAAUAGUCAUUCACAGAACACUAAGAGAAGGUGACCCAACAUUCAGAGAUGAGCUUCUCAAUUAUUCACACAGAGGACAUAUACUUCGUAUAUCUAACUUCAAAGACGAUACAAGUCCUCUAGCUUGGGAUUGCUCUGCAUGGAUUAGAACAUACGCGCUUUUCCUAGAAGAGCGGCUUGAAUGCUACCGUGUUUUGAAGUAUGAUAUAGAAGCAGAACGUUUACCAAAAGGUUCAGGUGCAUCUUCAAAGAACGUGGAUUUCAAUGCUUCUCAAACGUAUAGAACAAGAAUGCUAUCUAAUGAAGAACUGCUUGAGCAGUUGCCUGCUUUGCAGCAGCUUCUUUUCAGACUUACCGGUUGUAAGCCUGAAGGAGCAGGCUACAGCAAUUACCUAAUCCAAUACGCUCUUGCAUUGGUGCUUAAAGAAAGCUUCAAAAUAUACUGUGCUAUUAAUGAUGGAAUCAUUAAUCUUGUAGACUUGUUCUUUGAGAUGUCAAGACAUGAUGCAGUUAAAGCUCUGAAUAUAUACAAACGAGCUGGCCAACAGGCUGAAAACCUGGCUGAUUUUUAUGAGUACUGCAAAAGUCUAGAGCUAGCAAGGAACUUUCAGUUCCCAACACUGAGACAGCCUCCUCCGUCUUUCCUUGCAACAAUGGAAGAAUACAUCAGAGAAGCGCCUCAAAGUGGUUCUGUACAGAAAAAGCUGGAGUAUCAGGAAAAAGAGGAGGAAGAAGAUGAAGAAGAAGAAGAAGAAGAACAGUCUGCUCAGCCUGAAGAACCUGCAGAAACAGAAAAUCAAUAUCAAAAUACUGAAGGAGACCAGCCACUUAUUGAAGAAGAGGAAGAGGAGACAGAACAAAUAGAAGAAGAUACUAAACCUUCUUUCUUGAUAGACACGGAUGACUUGCUGGGCCUAAGUGAGAUAAACCCGAAAGCCGCAGAGAUAGAAGACCGCAAUGCAUUGGCUCUGGCAAUAUAUCCACCAGGUCAUGAAGUUCCAGGUCCAUCCAAUAGUUUAAGCUUAAUAGAAACCGGUGGAUCCGGUUGGGAGCUAGCACUGGUCACUCCUCAAAACAACAACAACAACAACAACAACAUUCACCGCUCAGCGCCUGACACCAAAUUUGCAGGAGGAUUCGACAAGCUAUUGCUUGAUAGUCUUUACGAAGAUGAUUCAGCGAGGAGACAGAUACAACUAACCAAUGCUGGAUAUGGACAUGGUGGUAUAGAGUCAGCAGAAGCAGCACCACAAAACCCAUUCAUGAUGCAACAAGAUCCUUUUGCAAUGUCAAACAACGUUGCUCCUCCCACUAACGUUCAAAUGGCAAUGCAGCAACAACAGCAACAACAGAUGAUGAUGAUGCAUCAAAGUCCCUAUAAUUACUCUAAUCCUCAUGACUAUAAUCAUCAUCAGUUCUCAGCUGCUGGUCCUUCUCCUUCUAAUCCUUUUGGAGACAAUUUCCUUGCCCUCCCACCUCCACCAGGCUCAUCUGGCCAGCAGCAGCAGCAAAACAUCCAUCAUCAUAUGCUCCUCUAGAGUGAUAAAUAAGAGCUUAUUCACUCUCUCAUGCAUGGUUUUGAGCGUGUUUUCGUUUGAAUAUUUAUUCAGGGUGCUAUUCUUUCAUUCUUACUAGAUACCUAACUUCACUGGUGAUUUCUUAAUUUGAUUAUAUAAAACCCUCAAAUGGUCAAGAAGUGGAUUAAACU